UUGCUUACCAAAUUCAAACUAGCUUACCGUUAUUAUAUGCAGUUAUCAAUCCAAUUAUAUAAAAAAAAAUGUCUAUUGUUCGCGUUUACCUACUAUGAAUAUUAGCUACUGGGUAUCGUAUUCAGCUACAGCCUACAUGCAGCCUCUCGAUGACGCCAGAUUUCCUCGCAUAUCUCCUAUGACCAUAUGGAGUAUCAUCAUAUUCAUAAUAAUAACAAAUGUAGGCACUGGAACCGUACUGAUAUCGGUUUUCGGUUAAAAAUAAUUGGAAAUAUUGGAACCGAAAGUACAAACUCAUAUUAUUUUCGUCUUUUAGAAACUGUCAUUUUGAGAGUACCUAUAUAAAGGCAUUUUCCACGUUAGUGGUUUUGUACGUUCCGAUUCGAUUCAAUUUGUUUUUGUUUACGAGAUGUUUUUGGCAGGCUGGCAAUCUGCAAUAUAUUUUUAAGGCGCUUAUUUUUUGUUAAACAGCGGAGUAUAUUAUACAACAAGAUUUCCAACAAGAAAAGUUCCAUACGUACCUUAUUUAUACGUGGUAUAGUUACGUACCGACUCGUAUUUAAGUCGUGGUACGAUACGGGUCGGUUCGUUUCGCUAUAGUACCUAUAUCGCACAUGUUAUAACUUCUUAGAAACUCGAUAUAUUAUAGAACCACUACGUAUCGAUAUUCGAUACACUCCAAUUUAUUUCUUGAAAAUAACGAUCAUAUUUUUAUUGAGACUGGUUCAAAACCGGUAUGAUAUACUCCAGCCGAAAGAUAUUUUUAAUAUUUUGAAAAACCAAAACCAACAAAAACCGGACUCCAGUCAGCGUGUAGCUGUCUCGAUAACAACGUAAAUAUUAUUAAGUACAUCGGUAUGACACCCGUCGGUAUUUUUUUGUAACAUUACGAUUUUGUUGAUUCCAUCCGUUUUGUAUAACGACGAAAAGUGAGUUUGUCCCAUACACGCCUCCCCCCCCCCACACACACACACACAGAUUAUGCGUAUAUAUAGACGAUAAUCAGUGUGUGUGCCAACAACCCGGGCGAGACGGAUGACUUUGCUCAUUUACGGUUGACACAGCGGCGGUGGCGUUGACGACGAUGACAGCGGCAGCCGCCUCACCGCUGCCAAACUGCGGAGGGUAAUCGACGGAAAUAGCGUCUCCACCGCCGCAAAACACAUUAGAGAGGGACAGCGUUAUGAUAAUGACACCGAAACAGAUGACUGGCAAACGACGUUAAAUAUAAAAACAAACAUGACGUAUUGGUUGGUGUUCAUGUUGUCCAUCUGGCCGGUUGCGGUCUCGUCAGAGGGUUGCAAGUUCCCGACCAGAUGGGAGGGCGUGUGGUUCCAGUCCGGUAUCCGGCAGUCGAUUGUCGUGCAGGCCAACCGGUUCAGCAUCAAAGGCAAAUGCGUGGACUCGGAUGGUGACAGGUUUCUGCUAUCUGACGAGAAAAAGCCGUGUUACCGGUGCGUGGUCAUUCACGAGAAACAUCACAACGUUCUCCAGUACAAAGAGACCUUUUGCAACGAAAUGGGCACGCUGAAGACCAUCUGCCCACUGAUUACCGGCGACGCUCUCCUUUACUCCAUGUUUCGGGAGUCCGGGAAUCCCAUGCAGUGCCCGUUCAAGCCACCAUAUACUUUCACGUACAACCGGGGUCAUGGUGACUGCAGGAAUCCCGUUUCCACGGUAGAGGCUUGUACCCAGGACUCGAGGCUGUUGAUCCGGUACCAGGCGUGUCCGGAUGUCGAAGGGUCGGAAAGCGCGCUCGAAGAAGUUGAAUGCAUCGCCGGUUGGAAAGAGGGUUCGUACCGGUUUCUUGUGGGUAGGGUUCACCAUAGCAACGGUAUACCAAUGUCAACCGAAGACCGGUUCAAGUGUUUCAUAUACGAGCGAACGACAUCUCAGAGACAACUGAAAGGUUCUGGAGCUUCUGGAGACAUCGAGUACAAAGUGGCACAGUCCGGCGACGCCACAUGUAGUGGCCUUUUCAGUCCUCUCGAAGGGUCCAGGACUAUGAUAUUAAAAAAAGAGACUUUUGAGACGAAAUGCAGCUUCCCGUUGUGGCUGACUGAAAACCAGAGAUGGCGGACGUUGGAUCACGGUAAAACGUUCACUUUUCUCCAUCACCACAACAACAACACAUUGAAGCUUGUAUCCAGCUCGUUAGAUCGCGUGUUUGCUGCGCAGACUAUACAGUCUUCACACCAGUUCUUUUACAAUCAGCCAUUGGUGGCACCUCUGCCCGGACACGAGAUGAAAUUCUCCUGUCAGCAGGAAAUGGAGGAGUUACCUCACCGGUUCAGAGUGAUGGCGCACUAUGUUACUGGAUGCCAAAGCGGAUACAUUUGUUUGGACUUCCACCGGAGGGCGCACGACUUGGCAGAACUUCAAAUGGGUCAGCCGAGCAGGAGACCGGAAGACGCGUGUAACUCCCCCAACUUUGAUGCGCACGCUACGGAUUCAAUUACGCUAGUGGCUUCCAAGUCAGACUUUCGAAAUUGCCCUUAUAAAGGAAUUUACACGAUAAAAAAAGUCAGCAAAAGUAUUUCGUGGAACGAUGUAUCUUCAAUUUUACCGGGUAAAACAAAUCUAAAUUUACCGGUGGACUUGUUAACUUCCGACAAUCAUCCAUCUAUUGUGUUAACUACGACGUCACCACCUUCGCCCAAACGUCACUCUUCCGAACACUACGAGAAAUCGUCGGACGAUUGGAGUGUGACGUACAAAAAGUUACAGCCCGACUUGCCAAGUCUGGUGAGGUCUAGAAAGAACAUUAGCAAGGAAUUCGAGAGGCAAUCGGAGUACGACGACGACGACGAGGUGAUAUUGCGUAGAGUCAAAAGGAAAGGCCGACGGAUUUUGAGCAGUAAAACAGUCGCCGACGAGGAAUGCAAGUUGAACUUGACUUCGAUUGUGUUCUCUUGUGGAUCCGCUGACUCGAUAGAACUAGUGGCAGAAUGUCCUCGAUUAUCACACAUACGAUCAGCCUACAAGUGUCACGGGGGCUGGAAAGAGAACGGCACGAUGCACCAAAUAAUCAGCAGUAACUUGCCGUCGGCAGCCGGCUGGAAGAAGCUGUACUGUCUUGCGUACGUCAAAUGGCCUCCGGACCGUCUGCAAGUGUUUGUGUACGCGGAUAACUGCAACCCCAACAAUAACCGCACCGCGGCCACUGGGUCCGACGAAGGGCUCGUCUUGUCAUUCAACAUUUCGCUAUCGUCAUCUGGCGAAAAGCCGUGUAACGAAGUCAACGAGUCGACUGUCGUCGGGGCCACCUUGACCGUGAUAGUGGUCGCCGUCAGUCUACUCUUCCUGCGGCAGACGGCCGCCAGAUGAUUUUCGUAUUAAAUCGCGCAAAAUCUCAAAGCCGUAACGCCGCCGCCGCCGAAAAUAAUAUUGUGUGUAUACGUCAUUGUUUCGUUGUUUCCUUAUAGCAAAUGCAUUUUGACAAAACUUUAUUUUUUUUCUAUAUAGUG